GUCGAGGGAGGCGACUACUGCGUGCGGACCAACCCGGACGGGGUGGAUUUGAACCGGAACUGGGACGAGGCGUGGCAGAAGGACUCGGCAGUUUACGGCCAGGACUCCAACCCAGGGCCCAAGCCCUUUUCCGAGCCGGAGACCCGACUCAUCCGAGCAGCCGUGUCGGAGUACGACCCAACGACGUUCCUCACGGUGCACAGCGGGACCUUGGGCCUCUACAUGCCGUGGGCCUAUGACAUGUCCCAUCUCGCUGACCGAAACCAGCAGCAGAUGAUGAACGUGCUGAAGUCGCUGGACGAGAAGCACUGCAAAUGCCCCUUCGGUGCCGCUGGCAAGGAGGUUGGCUAUUCCUGUCCGGGCACAUCUCUGGACUGGGUCUAUGACAAGCUUAAGACCCCAUUCUCCUUCGCCUUC